GCUCCCUGAGCUCUCUAGCUCAGUGCACCCUGACCCAAAGAGGCCCUCGGUGCGUGGAGUUUCUCUCUCAGGACCUAAGGGCAAAGAGCAGAGCCCAGAACUCAAGAGACAGAGCCAAGGGCUGAGCGUUCCCAGGAGAGAGGCUGGUGUGGCCUGGAUGAGGCGCAGAGAUGGGGAAAAAGCUGGACCUUUCUAAGCUCACAGACGAGGAGGCCAAGCACGUAUGGGCCGUGGUUCAGCGGGACUUCAACCUCAGAAGGAGAGAAGAAGAAAGACUUGAGGGACUGAAGGGCAAGAUACAAAAGGAGAGCUCGAAGAGGGAGCUGCUGUCUGACACAGCCCAUCUGAAUGAGACCCACUGUGCCCGCUGCCUGCAGCCCUACCGGCUCCUCGUGAAUAGCAGAAGGCAGUGUCUAGAGUGCGGCCUCUAUGUCUGCAAAAACUGCCGCCACGCCCACCCAGAAGAGCAGGGCUGGCUCUGCGACCCCUGCCACUUGGCCAGAGUCGUGAAGAUCGGCUCCCUGGAGUGGUACUACCAGCACCUGAGAGCUCGGUUCAAGCACUUCGGGAGUGCCAAAGUGAUCCGGUCUCUCUGUGGGCGGCUGCAGGGUGGCGGUGGAUCUGAUCCAAGCUUGGAGGAAGGGAGUGGAGACAGUGAGCAGACGGAUGAGGAUGGAGACCUGGAUGCGGAGGCCCAGGUCCAGCCCCUCAACACCAAAAAGAAAAAGCGCCUGCUCUCCUUCAGUGACUUGGACUUUGAGGAAGACUCGGAACACUCGAUGCAGCUUUGCAGCCAUACCCUGGGCCUGUCCUCUGUCCCUGAGUCAGAACACAGCCUGCAGUCCCUCUCAGGUGAGCCCUACUCUGAGGAUACCACCUCCCUAGAGCCCGGGGGCCUGGAGAAUACUGAGGCAGGGGCUUUAGGGUGUCACCUCAGUCCAGAAGAGCAGCCAUAUAGCUCCUUGCUCUCCGGAGAGGAUGCUCCCACGGAGCUGGACCCGCCUGGAGCAUCCUGCAAGAGGACCCUAGGGGCCACAGCUAUGCCUGGGAUAGAUGAUGUCAAAAGCAAACAGCUCCCCUCCCAGUACCUGGCUGAUGUGGACACCUCUGACGAAGACAGUCUCCAGGAUCCCAGGGCAGCUUCCCAGCAUUCCAAGAGGAGGGCCCGAGCUAUGCCUGACACGCAGAUUUUGGAGUUGAACAAGCGCAUGUCAGCUGUGGAGCACCUGCUGGGCCACCUGGAGAACGUGGUCCUGCCACCCUCGGCCCAGGAACCAGCUGCGGACUCACACCCCAGUGCAGACACAGAGGAGGAGACUCUCCGGAGGAGGCUGGAGGAGCUGACCAGAAACAUCAGUGAUCCUGGCACCUCGUCCGAAGAUGAGACCAAGUCAAGUGGCACCCUCCAUGCAGUGUCCCCAGAGGUGUGCACAGACGUGGGGCACAUGGAGACACAGGGAAGAAACCUUCAGGGGCCUGGGAACCCUACUCGGACUACAAAGAGCACAGACGAGGAGCUGUCAGAGAUGGAGGACAGGGUGGCCAUGGCAGCCUCUGAAGUUCAGCAAUCCGAGAGCGAGGUUUCGGACAUCGAGUCCAGGAUUGCAGCCCUGAGGGCAGCGGGGCUCACAGUGAAACCCUCAGGAAAACCCCGGAGAAAGUCAAACAUCCCAAUCUUUCUUCCCCGGGUUACUGAAAAACUUGACAGGAUCCCAAAGGAGCCCUCUGCAGACCCUGAGGACCAAGACAAGGUGCCCAAGGCGACGGUGCUGCCCUAUCUCCUGAAGACGAAGUAUGCCCCCAGCAGUCAAGGCAUAGAUGGUGGUUCUUUCGACCGGAAAUCAGUGUACCGUGGCUCGCUGACACAGAGGAACCCUAACGGGAAGAGAGGGACAGCCAGACACAUCUUUGCGAAACCUGUGAUGGCCCAGCAGCCCUAGAAGGGGAGGUUCAUGGGCACAGGAGAGUACCACAAAGCGCCCCACACUGCCUCCUCCACACGACCAUCGCAUCCCCAUGGGCUCAGAACUUCUUGAUGCUCACAGCUGCUUGUGGUCACCAUCCCAGUGAGAAAUAAGAAGAACUUUCUGUGUGGAUCCUCUUGUGAAAUGGCAGGUUCUCAGACUUCUGGCUAUCACCAGGUCACCUGCCAGCCUCUGACCCGGAAGAUACAAACUCAUGUAAUUCAGAUGAUGCUUUCUGCCUGAGGAACACCCAGAUACCCUUCUGCUAUGACCCUUUAACCUUGUCCCUUGACUUUGUUGAGCCACAUUCACAGAUGUGAUGGAAAGAGAUGGUCCCGCGAAGGCCCUGAGCAUAUUCACAUUCCUGACUGUGAGGGAGAGAGGCAGAUACAAGCGGGUGUGAUGGGAGAGUGUGCAAUUGCAGAUAGCAAAUGAGGGGGGCGGGGCUUGGCUCCUCACCCAUGGCACAGACCUUGUUCUUAAGCUUCUUGUGGGUCACAGACAGGAGCCACAACACUGCCCCCCUACCCCAGAGUUUCCACCACCACAACUACCGACCGCCAUGCCACAUCGAAGCCGAGCCUCUAACACAGGCUUUUGGGGUGCACUAUCUAGGGACCUCGCUUUCUAGACAGCUCACGCUUUAAACAUAGGAUUCUAGCUCACGCAAAUGACGGCUUUGGAAUUUAUCAAGGAUUUAGGUUUUCCAAAGCCAAGAACAUCAGAGUCAGUCUUGCUCAUGACUAUGUAGUCAGCUCUUCACAGCCCUUCCACCAGUAAAGGGAGGCCAUCUCCUACUCCCAGGGCUGCCUCUUUCCUGCCAGCUUGCGACAUGUUCCAGAGUCCAGAGAACACACAGGCCGAGCCACGGCAUCCUAGUGUACCCUGAGAAUAAACUUCAAGGAGGAAACUUUCCCUCAUUCAGAGACCCACGUCUCAGGAGUCCCAUGUUUGUUUCCCCUGGCCUUCUAGCAAAAUAAGCCAAUCACGACCACAGGAAAUGUGCCCUCCUGAGUGUGCAAGGACAAAAGUCCAAUCAAGGUGUCGGUGGAAUUUGCAGUUCUGAGGAAUAGGUGCCUCUUCCUCCUUCUGGGAUGGCAGCCAUUCCAGUACACCUUGACUUCAGCCCCCAUCCUCACCUUCAUGUCCCCUUGCCUUGUAUGGUUCUGAACAGCUGCCAUCUUGUCAAGACACCAUUUGUUGCCUGUAGGGCCAUCUUUACCCAGUAUGCCCCCUUUAGUCAAUACACUCACAAAGGCCCUAUUCCCACAGAUGACUGUUUCCCGAAGUUCUAGGUAGGUGUGAACUGGGGAGACACUGUCUGAUCCACUAGAGAGCACAAGAGUUCAAAGACCUCAAAACUUUGAGUGUACCCCAAACAGUGGGGUCCUCAAUGUUCCGCUGAAAGCCAGAGGGAGAUCAAGAGGUAGGACAUUGGCCAUGGAGUCCUGUUCAAAGGGGGCUCCCUUUACUGCAAGGAGCAGAAAUCCAUCUGAGUCGGAGUGUGGGGAAGGGCACAGAGCUUUCUCCUGCAGCCCAGUGAUACAAGCAAUCCAGCUUCAGGGAGUGUGGGGGCACAGCCUCACAGCUUUGCCUCUCCCCACGCCCUGAGCUUCACUUUGUCAACUGUUCAGAACUCCAGCUGAUGCCCCAGGGUCACGGUCCCUUCAGCCACAGCUCUGUGGUUCCUCCAGUCUGACAGCCACCGCUCACGAUCCCAGACCCCAGGGGGCAGUUUUUUAGAACCAUGUAUGUCUUCAGUGUUGGCCACCCAGAGGCAGGCAGAGCUGUGCCAGAUGGGAAAUCCCUCUGCUGUGCCCAAAGCUGGUUCAAGAGCCCUUGUUCGGUUCCCCUGUCCUGGGAUCCAUGGCGCGUUAAUAAGAUGUGGGGAAAGUUGCCUUCUCUCUGUGGUCAAAGAAACCCCCUUGUCAGCUCUGAGGUGCCCAGGCCAGGCCAGCAGCUGGGGUCCUGUGGAGACCUGAAAGAGCAGCCCAAGCCACACCGCCCCUGCCCUUUGCCAUCUGCCUUUGGAGCAUCUCCAGCCACCCAAAGCACCUCUCGAUUCUGCAGACCUUUUGCCUGAUGCCAUCAAGCCUGCAGGAGGAGGAGACUGGGCUGAGACCAGGGUCGUUGUGCACCCCCCACCCCCACCCUGCCUGCUGGCUCCCGUUUAGACUCUCAAAGGCACACUCUGUCCUUAUUUUGAUAAAUAAAGCUACUCUGCUAAGAGGACCCGUGAUUCUAGAUGCAAACACAGAGAAAGACAGACAGAGAGAUGGGGGCAGGGGAGGGAGGAGGAGAGGAGAGGAGAGGAGAGGA